UAGAGGCACAACAAAACAACAUCAGAAGCUGUUAUCAAUAAAAUUAUCAGAAGAUAGAACUAAAAUUUCGUUGAAAUAAUUUUGCGGUAUCCUUUUCGCUUUUAUUUUCACUAAUAAUUAGAUUAUAUUUCUAUUAAAAUGCCUAAAAAGAGUAAAAGAAUGAAGAAACAUAAAUCGCAUAAAGAUAAAAAGCACAAGAAACACAAAAAGAAGUACUCAGAUUCCGAAUCCGAAUCUAGCUCUGCCAGCAGCGGUAACGAUUCACUCAGUGAUUAUGAAUGGAUUGAGAAAAAACCUGAAAGUAAACCAUCAGGAAAACAAAGAGAUGACUGGAUGAUGGAUACUUCAUUCGUACCCACUUAUUCUAUUCACGAUAAAAAGAGUAAGAAGAAAGAUGAAGAAAAAGAAGAAUCGAUUUUGGAUAACCCAGGUCAAAGCGAUAGGGAAUUGAAUCCUUAUUGGAAAAAUGGAGGAACUGGUUUGCCUGAAGAAUCACGCAGUCAUAAGACUUCAAGUUAUGAAGAAUAUCAUCGAAGUAAACCUAGCAGAUCUUUUAUGAAACCAGACGACGAUGAUGAUAAACAAUCUUACGACGUUUAUAAUCGAACCCAACAUACUACUCAAAGUCGAUGGCGAAAGCAACCAGCACGAGAAGAACGUCGAUCUCCAAAUACGUCUGAAAGAUAUGACAGCAGAAAAUCUGAAGAUCACGAUCGUAAAAAAUAUGACGAAUAUGAUCGUAAGACAUAUGAAGAUCACGAUCGUAAAAAAUAUGACGAAUACGAUCGUAAAAAAUAUAAGGAAUCUGAUCGCAAAAAAUACGACGAAUCUGAUCGUAGAAAACACGACGAAUCUGAUCGUAGAAAACACGACGAACAUGACCGUAAAAAAUAUGAAGAUUAUCCAAAAAGAACCGAUGACAGUCAGAAAAACAGAGAAGAAGGACCAGUAAAACCAGAGCCACCUAAAACUUCGAUGUUAUUGAGUGACGAAGAAAUGAAUGCUUUAGCAUCAAAGAUUCUCAAAGCCGAGAUUCUUGGCAAUAAAGCUCUCGUGGAACAGUUGAAAGAAAAACUUGAAAAUGCUAGAAAAGCUCGUCAAGAGAAAACCGAAGCAUCCAGAGUAGUCAUAUUAGGCAUGAACGAUUUUGAUUCUCGAAAACCCAUCGAAGAAAGAUUUGUACAAGAAGAAUCUGCCGGUGCGAAAUCGAAGAAGGAACAAGAAAAAAUGAGAAGAGAAAAAGAAAAGGAAAUGCAACAAGCCAUUAGUAAACAUCAAAGAACUGAGAAAGUAUUGGAAAAUUGUAAAUGGUGUUUGACCAAUAAUAAAAUGCAGAAACAUCUCAUCGUAUCUAAAGGAUCCUCAUGUUACCUUUGUGUCCCUUAUUUUCAUUCACUUACCGAUGGACAUUGUUUAAUUAUUCCUACGUACCAUUCCUCUUGUAUAACAUUAUUAGAUGAAGAUGUCUGGGAUGAAAUUAUGGACUAUUGCAAAAAAUUAGUCAGAAUGUUCCGAGUUGAAAACCAAGACGUCGUGUUUUUCGAAACAGCCAUGAAUUUCAAAUAUCAUCCUCAUAUGGUUUUACACUGUGUUCCAGUACCUUACGAAAGUGGCAACUUGGCUCCGAUUUAUUUCAAAAAAGCCAUUCAAGAAUGUGAAAAAGAAUGGGCCAUUAAUAAAAAAUUAGUCGAGUAUAAAAAAAUGGAUAUAAGAAAAUCCGUACCUAAAGAGCUUCCUUAUUUCAUGGUGAAUUUUGGAAUGGAUAAUGGAUUCGCUCAUGUCAUCGAAGAGGAACAAUACUUCCCGAAAAAUUUCGCUCAGGAAAUAAUUGGCGGUAUGCUCGACUUGGAUCAUCUCAUAUGGCGAAAACAACACGCAGAUGAUUUCGAAACUCAAUGCAAAAAAGUGAACGCAUUCAAAGAAUUGUGGAAAACAGUCGAAUCAUGAUGAAAAUAUUAUAGCAAAAAUUUGUAUUGAAUAUUUUUACAGUUAAAUGUUACAAACCAAUUCAUCUGCAUUAAUAACAUUAAAAGAAAUUUUUAUAACACACAAAAA